AUGCUGUCCACACUGAUAGUAAAUUUCCAGGCGAACUACCGCGCCGUCUACACGAGCCAUGUCGACUUUAUCUGCAUGGAAAUCAGCAACUGCCCGCACUGGGAGCUUGCGACAUCAGUAGCCUGGGAUGACCUUCCUACGGACAAGUUUGGGAUUUUCUACGAGACAACUACAUGCCGCACCGGUGGCAAAUACUUCUACAUCUCGGAUGUAGCAAAAGAGAAUGGCACGCACACGCUUAAAACCCCGAUAGCAAUCCGGUCCUUCAUGGUUGGAACCACUAACGACUACAUGCGUCGACCUUCUCGAAUCGUCAACUCCUGUCCUGAAGAGCGGAUCAGCCUCCAAAAUGCCACCGAAACGUUGAAUGGAGCGACGUCAAACUUCACCGAGGAGAUCAAGUGGAAGGCCGACGACGCAGCUGAAGCUGGAGGUCUCUCCUCAAACUGGUCGGAUGUUAUGCCUUAAAUUUGUCGAGCCUAGUUAACAGCGCCACUUUAGGUCUUAGCAUAACAGACCAGAAAAUUAAGACGGAGCUGUAGGAGGUUUGCGCUGCUCUUCUCUA